UGUAGAACCUAUCUCCAUGUUUAUCCAAUUGUAUUACAUUUAAUUUUAAGCCUUCUUUUUCCUAGGAGUGAAGAUGAAGAGCAUGUGAAAAUUAAGUAUUUCAGGGAGGCUCACAGCCAAACAGAGAAAAGAAGAAGAGACAAAAUGAAUAACCUGAUAGAAGAAUUAUCGGCUAUGAUUCCUCAAUGCAGCCCGGUGGCUCGUAAACUAGAUAAACUCACCGUAUUAAGAAUGACUGUGCAGCAUUUAAAGUCAAUGAAAGGCUCCACUGGUUCUUACUCAGAAGUUAGGUAUAAGCCUUCGUUUUUACAAGACGAUGAACUUCAACACCUCAUCCUUAAGGUCGCCGAUGGUUUCCUAUUUGUGGUUGGAUGCGACAGAGGCAAAAUCCUGUUUGUUUCCGAAUCGGUUUCCAAAAUACUUAAUUAUGACCCCGCACAUUUGACUGGGCAAAGCCUUUUCGACUAUCUUCACCCGAAGGAUGUGGCCAAAGUAAAAGAGCAGCUGUCCUCUUCAGACGCUUCACCUAGAGAAAAACUGAUUGAUACCAAAACUGGUUUGCAAGUUAACAUGGAUUUCCACGUGGGAUCUUCCCCUCUGCAUUCUGGGGCUCGGCGGUCAUUUUUUUGCCGCAUUAAAUACACCAAAACCGCGGUCAAGGAAGAGAAGGAACAAUCAGCCAACUCAAAAGAGAAAGAUCAGAAAAAGUACUGUACCAUUCAUUGCACCGGUUAUCUGAAAAGCUGGUCCACCAAUGAGGUGGGAAUUGAAGAAGAUACGGAAAAAGAGAGCAGCAAUUUUAAUUGCCUGGUGGCAAUUGGCCGAUUGCGCCCUUACACCAUUCCACAAAAAAGCUUUGAGAUUAAAGUCAGGCCCACGGAAUUUGUAACACGCUUUGCCGUGGAUGGAAAAUUUGUCUUUGUAGAUCAACGAGCGACAGCCAUUUUAGGAUAUUUACCUCAAGAACUCUUAGGAACGUCCUGUUACGAAUAUUUCCACCAGGAUGACCAUAAUCACCUCACAGAAAAACACAAAACAGUGUUACAGAGCAAAGAGAAAAUAUUUACGAAUUUCUACAAAUUCAAAGCGAAAGACGGCUCUUUUGUCACCUUAAAAAGUCAGUGGUUUAGCUUUACCAAUCCAUGGACCAAAGAACUGGAAUAUAUUGUGUCAAUCAAUACUGUUGUUUUAGGUCACAAUGAAUCAGGUGAAGAAACUCCAUUAGCCUGCAGUUCCCUGUCUCCAGAAGAUGCCACAAACCCUCAAUUUCUUGAUGUACCAGGGAUGUCUACAGGGACCAUCCUAGGAGCCGGUAGCAUAGGAACCAAAAUUGCAAACGAAGUCUUAGAUUUGCAAAGGUUACAUGCCUCUCCUCUGAGUAGACGAAGUCCAUCUGAUCUUAUGAGGAAGUCUUCUCCUGGCCUCCCCGUUACUUGUGAUGAGGCUCCAAAUAAAGAGCUCACAGAACUUUGUCCUCCAGGGAUAGAAGAUUUAGAAACUCCGGAGGAAACACAAGAUGUGACUUCAUUCUCCAACAAUGAGCCUCUUCUCAGUGGCACAUCUCAGAUAGAUUUUGAAAAAGAGACCACCAUGGCUGAUCUUAUGAAUUAUUUGGAAGCCGAAGGAGGAUUGGGUGAUCCCACCGAGCUCAGCGGGAUGCAGUGGGCGCUCUAGAUUUACACCAGCGAGAAGAAGAUUAAACAUUCUCAAUGCACACAUACACACACACAAAAAUAACCACUCACCCUCAAGUACUGUAUCGGUAUACCUUAAAGCUUUAAUUCCUACUUUACAAGAACAAUAUUUACAAUAUUAAUGUUUCCAAAAGACUUUUGCCUUAUUGAUCUUAGGCUGUCAGGCUGAACAGAUGCAAUAUUUUUCAAAAGACACACACAACCUCAAUUUUGCUAUCGGUGUGUAAACAGACUUUAAAUAAGCUUUUAACCUGGGGAUCUUUUUACUGAAAUCUUUGGAAGGGACGUUAUUGCGAGCAGCAAUAUUCUAAAAUAUCUUUUGUCAUUGAGCUAUUAUUUAUUGGUGAGGUUUUGUUGAUUAACGUGACUUAGUAUUCAGGAAAAAUACAGGUAAUCUUACAACUGCAAUAGCAAAAAGAAUUUCUGCUGCGAUGAAACAAAGUGUGUCACACCUGAUUUCAAAAUCCUUUUUGCCAUGUUAUUGUUAAGCGAAACUGCAGUUGUUAUGUGAAUCAUGAGGUCAUUAAGUGACUCUGGCUUUUCCCAUUA